GGGGGGGCGGGCGGAAGGCGAGCAAGUGACACGCAGGCGAAAUGAGGGUGGGGAGGCCUCCCUCCCCCCCUUUUCUCUCGGCCGAUGGUUUCUCCCGUUCUUUUUGAGACACUCGGCUUCGGCUCUCUCGGGUCUUUCUUGGGACCUGCCGGAGAUUCCCGAGGCCAUCCAGGAGCCCUUGGCGGAUUGUAUUUAGGCUCCCCGUCGCCCAUAUCAGGUUGCUGGGUGCUGAUCCGAUCCCCUCUGAAGAGGUACAUAAUUCUUCCAUUAUGUCAUUCUUGUUUGAAUGGAUCUAUAAUGGCUUCAGCAGUGUGUUGCAGUUCCUAGGAUUGUACAAGAAGUCUGGAAAAUUAGUUUUCUUGGGUUUGGAUAAUGCAGGCAAAACUACUCUUCUUCACAUGCUAAAGGAUGACAGAUUGGGUCAACAUGUUCCCACAUUAUAUCCAACAUCGGAAGAAUUAACAAUUGCAGGAAUGACUUUCACCACUUUUGAUCUUGGUGGCCAUGAGCAAGCGCGGCGUGUCUGGAAGAAUUAUUUCCCAGCAAUUAAUGGGAUUGUCUUUUUAGUGGAUUGUGCAGAUCACUCUCGUCUUUUGGAAUCUAAAGUGGAGCUCAAUGCACUAAUGACUGAUGAGACAAUAUCCAAUGUGCCAAUUCUUAUCUUGGGUAACAAGAUUGACCGACCAGAAGCUAUCAGUGAGGAGAAGCUGCGAGAGAUUUUUGGUCUUUAUGGACAAACAACAGGAAAGGGGAAUGUGCCAUUGAAGGACCUGAACACGCGUCCUAUGGAAGUGUUCAUGUGCAGUAUACUGAAGAGGCAAGGCUACGGUGAAGGUUUUCGUUGGCUGUCACAGUACAUUGACUGAUACUGGAGAGACAGAUCUAUUCCUGGACUGAUCCUGUUCACAAAUUCCUUAUGGACUUUUCUAUUAGAACAUGGAAGACUCUCCAUCUGCAUACUGGCAACGACCAAGAGACUCCUUUCUUCAGUUACCCUACAUCACAGUGGUGACACAAUUCUUUUCCCUGUGUCUGGGAGAUAACAUUCUGUACACUGGUGCAGGUUGUCACUUCCAGUGGCCAUGGAUUCCUAUGGAAACCCUGGCUUUCACUUACAAAUGGGAUGAGCAAGCUGGAAUGCCAAGCUCUGUGUGCGGCACUCUUUGUGGCUGGAAAAGAGGACAUGUCUCACCACUGUGGCCAAUUGAUUUCAAAGAAAGCAACUAUAUUUUUUAAAGGAAGUGUUUGGUGUAAAUGGCGUCCCUUUAGAUUUUUCUUAAGUUUAGCAUUCAUCCUGUUCAGGCCAGAGUCUGUUAGGAUUAUUUUUUUUUAAAGAAAAAAUCUAUUUAAUGGUAUUUAGGCGGUUCCCAAAUGACCGAACCAGCUAUCAUGAUAUUCAAAAUCUUUAGCAAACAGAGAGAGAGAGAGAGACGGCUUUCAAAGCCCUGUAAGGUGGUUGCGCUGUCACACUGCUCAAUCAUGAAGAUGGUGCUAUUGGGACUGACUUGUGCAAUGAUAUUUUUCUUUAACUUACAGGGAAUUUAGUUGGGGGGUGGGAGGGGGAUGGAGUACACACAGAGGCACACUUAUUUAGCCUUCCUUGUCAUGUGCAGGAGUCUGAAAUGUGGUUGACCCCCUUUUUUGCCCCACCUCUAAAAGUUACGAUCACUUUCCUUAAUGGCAGUUUUUUUCUUCUUCUUCUUCCUCCUCCUCCUCCUCCUCUUUGCAGCACCAGCAGAAAGUUUGUCUUGGACCUAAUAAUACACGAUGUUCUACAUUGCAGGCAACUGCAAAAAAAAAGCCACCGUAGAAAUCAUGAAUUUAUUUUUGGGGGGGCGGGUUAUUAUAGCAUUAAAUUGUUCCAACAAGUGCUUAUCAAAUGCUGUUACUGUAAACUAACCCUGUUUCUUUUACACUCAACAGAGCUUGUGUUUGAAUUUUCAUUACUUGCUUAGACAUCUUCAUUUUCACUUAAAACAGGCAUUCUUCUCCUUGGCUGGAAGAUGCUUUUAAUUAAAACUAUUUAGUGCUCGUGGACAGACUUGCUUUGGUGAAUGCAGCGGACCCAAUGUCUGAAGAGACUGGCUUUCUGACUCCCAUUGCAAAACAUGAAAUGCAAAAUGGUGGUACACUAUAGGCAUUUAACUCCAGGGAAGAAUAACACUAUAUGUGUAUGGGUGUAUUCACUUAAAUCAGGGCUGGGAAACGAGGGUCCUUUUAUGACUGGUGGACUUCGACUUCCAGAAUUCCUGAGCCAGAGUUGAAGUUCACCAGUUGUAAAGGAGCCAGUCCCCUC